AUGCCGAUUGGAUAUAAACCCGGAGUUUACUACACGUGGGAUGACUGUAAGAGACAGACCAUUGGCUUUUCACGCAACCAAUGCAAGAGUUUCCGAACAUUGUCUGAGGCGUGGGAUUACGUGAACGGCGGCCCCCGAGAUCCGGCUACUGGCGAAGCCAUCUAUGAUCCCAACUAUUGGAGACCAGUGCCGGACAUGGGUUAUGGCUAUUCGUAUGAGACAUGUCCGGAACGGUUCCAGAUCUAUACGGAUGGCGCGUGUCGUGGCAACGGAACCGCUUCAGCCAUCGCCGGUAUUGGUAUCCAUUUCCCCACUCAUCCCGAAUACGAUAUCGGCAAACCAUUGUCCGGACGACAGACCAACAUUUGUGCCGACAUAUACGCGGCCACUUUGGCCAUCGAAAUGGCUGACCAAAUGGGUGAAUGUCUUCUGGAGAUCAAUACAGACAGCGAGUUCUUAGUGAAUUCGAUGACCAAAUGGAUCGGCAAAUGGCAGCAAAACGGGUGGAAGUGUUUUGGAUGGGAUCCCCGACCCGUCAAGAAUAAGGAGGACUUUUUAGACCUUCUCGAGUGUAGCCAAUACGCCAACAUUAACUGGUUCCAGAUCUAUACGGACGGCGCGUGUCGUGGAAACGGACGCCGUUCAGCCAUCGCCGGCAUUGGUGUCCAUUUUCCCGAUUAUUCCGAAUACGAUAUUUACGAACCAUUGCCCGGACGACAGACAAGCAUUCGGGCGGAGAUUCAUGCGGCCAUUCGGGCGCUCGAAGUGGCCAUAGAAUUGAAUGAAUAUCAGGUGGAGAUCAACACUGACAGUGACUUCUUGGUCAAAGCGAUGACCGAAUGGAUCUAUAAGUGGCGCCAUAACGGCUGGAAGAUAAAGCGUGGCCGCCAUGUGAAGAACAAACACGACUUGGAGAAACUGGCGGAUGUGUGGGAACGUUAUCAGAUGGAUAUUAAGUGGACUAAAGUGGCCGCACAUUCAGGUAUUGACGGCAACGAGAGGGCCGACCAAUUGGCCAAUCAGGCCAUCGAAGAACAGCUCUCCGAUUAA